AUGGCUUGUUUAUACGAAGGUUGUACCAUUACAAGCACAACUGAGCGGCUUAUAACAUGUUGGUUAUGUGAUAAGCAUGCUCAUUUCAAGUGUGCUGGAUUCAAUGGAAGACUUUUCGAUAAAAUUAGUGAUCGUAACAAUGGUUUGCGAUGGGCAUGUGUAGAAUGUAGAACCUAUGAAGUAGACUUUUAUCGCCUCUUUAAGGAAGCUAAACUUGAAAUGGUUGCCUUGAAAAGGGGCGUUGACUCGGAUGAGGCUCGUAAAAAAGCAGCUUCAACGUAUCUGGUGGACAAUUCUGAUCUACCGCCACCCCGUUAUCAACAAGAUGGCACAAUGCCAGCCCUCUAUCCUAAUAAUAUUGUUAAUGCACGAACAUUGCCACAUCCCCGUCACAAUAAUGGGGCCAACAUUAUGGAUCACCGAGCACGAGAUGAUCAGAUGCUAAUUAACAAGGCUGUUUAUAUUCCGUCCCCGUCGCCAGCACCGCCACCGGAUGGCUCCUACUACAACAUGAACAGUGACAGAUAUCUCUCGUACCCGCCAAUGGAUUAUGCCGCUCAAAUAGACUUCACCCAACCCAUGCCAAUGGCUCAUUUGCAGCCGGUGUCACAGGCCUCAAUGAUAAGCGGUACUAUAUUGGCGGCACCUCCAUCCAUGGGCAAUGGCGGAAGUGGCACCUUGAGGCGUGGCAUUUUGAAGGGAGUCUCACAUGUGCCACCGCCAGAUGUCACCCAUCACACCAACACCAACAUGGGCAGUGUGCAUAUGAUGCACGAUUUGCAUCCACUUAAUAUAUCAUCUACCUCGUCAACGAUGACAACAACAUCGAGUGUGGGCAAUGGAAGUCUGAUGUCAGUGCCCAGUUCUACGCCUAAACAACCACAAAGCAUACUGAAAGACCCCAAUCGAAACAAACAACAACAUCAGCUACAACAACAGUCUUCGCUAAUGGGCACAGGCAUGAUGGCUGUUCCCGGACCUCCUGGCAGCCUGCAAGUGCUCAACAUACCCAGUUCGGUUGGGAUUAGUAAUAACCUGUUAAUGACCGCCAGUGCGGCUUAUGAUCCUGCAAAUCCCCAUAGUCUGACCACAUUCAAUGCCGGCGGUGCUACAGUUGCAUUUACGGAUGCCGAUGGUCAUCUUGUAUAGCUGUAGGAUGCCUCACAUGGGGCAAUGCUGGCCGUUAUAACGGACCCAGAAACAACAAACACAACAACACCACCACUACCACAGACAACCCGCUACUAAAUAUGAGACAUGAAUUUCUUUAUCUUCUUCUUCUUAACCUUCGGAUAGGUAUAAGUCAAAACUAGGCUUAAGGACAUACAACAAUACUUUUAGCGAACAUCUAUUUAGUCACACAUACA